AUGGGGGAGAGGCAUGCCCAGCAGUCCUUAGCCAACCUGGACGUCCGUAUCCACUGCAGUGGAUCUUGGAGAGACGCCUUCGAGUGGCAUCUACGUCAAAGAACAACCGUGCCCCUCGACUACCCUACUGAGCGAGUCGAGGCCCUCCGCUUCUGCCUUACAGGUUUUCGACAUGAACACAUCUCAGGCAAAUUGAAGCAUAUCACUGUGGGCCCAGCAGGAAUCUGGGGAGUUAGCAGUGCAAACAACAUCUACAAAUUGGUUGCAACCAAGUGGAUGCAAGUACCUGGACUCUUGAAGCAGAUUGAUGCUGGUGGAGACCAGUUUGUGUCAGGAGCCAAUCAUGUCCCCUUCUGUCUUCCAAUGGACAGCACGAUUGGCUACAUUGGAGCAAACAGUCCUGUAGACUGGGUCAGCCUCGGGGGCAAAUUAAAGUACUACAGCUGUGGCCCUUAUAGCUGCUGGGGUGUUAGCAGUAAGGAUCAAAUCUUUAUGAGGAAGAAGGUGAAUUCCACUCAUUGUCAGGGAGUCGGUGGCUGGCAGCACAUUGCAGGAUCCUUGUCUAUGAUUGAGGUGGGAGGUGACUGCUCUGUCUAUGGAGUGAAUUCUAUAGGAAAUGUGUACCGCAGGGAUGUCACAUCUGACUGUCACCCAGAGGGUCAAGGCUGGACCCAGAUUCCCCUCUACAGCGGUGAUGUGAAGCAUGUGUCCUACGAUACGGGUCAUCUCUGGAUCAUCCGGAAGAAUGACAACAUCUUCGACUGCACAGUCUGAGCAAUGCUCUUCUUGAGAGGCAGCCCUGCUACAUGAACCCUGCAGCUUCAUUACUUAUUCAUUACUGCAGCCCAUAAUUUUUUUAG